AUGGGUGGUUCAGGCGUAACGGGCGUCUAUCAACGAGGAAAACGGGUGAAUAGAUUCGAAGAAGGCAUCGAAGACAAAUAUCAUGAUGGAGGAAACUCUCCCGGUCUUAAUCUGCCGUUGCUACAUCCGUUUGAGGUCCAGAGCCAGGCUGCUUCUGUCGAGGCGCUAUUCGAGUUCUUCAAGAAAGUGCCCAAAAUGCCCACAACUACUGAGUUCCUCAGCAGUUCUACUCCUGAGGAAUAUGAAGCUUUACUCACAGUCUACCACGAUGCUCUCCAAAUUAAGGCAAUGCUUAAAAAUAAGAAAAAAGGAGAAAGUUUGGAGUCCUUAGACAAAUGGUACCAGGAGGAGCUUGGGAAAGCCGUGGCAUCACGUAGCCCCCCCCACAUGAUCCGGCAGGAGCUGGUCCGCCUCAUGGAUUGGAAGCUCUCCAGGGGGAAGUUCAGACCUCGCCUGAUCCAGCUCUCAGAAUCCAAUGAGGAAUCUCUCGUCAAGAGUGCAACAGAGAAAGGUAUCAAGCUUGCACAAGCUGGCAAGAUUGAAGAAGCAAUUGAAGCUCUUGUUGUUCUGAAAGGUGUGGGUCCUGCUACAGCGUCAGCCGUGCUUGCAGCAUGUGUACCAGAGAAGUGCUGUUUUUUUGCUGAUGAAGUUGCCCAUGCCAUACCUGCCCUCAGCAAACUCAAGUACACUAACAGUGAAUAUAUAUUACUAAACACAGAACUUACAAGCUGUGCUGCACGCCUCAAUAAUGAGAGUGGGAAUGGAUGUGAGAAGGAAAACAAUGAGGACCAGUGGACUCCUCAUAGGGUGGAACUAGCAGUCUGGACACACAGCCUUCUCACUCACAACAAACCCAAGUUAUUGGAUAGUGUAAGCAUCAAAAGAAGUGGAGAUGAGAGUGAAGCCCCAAAGAAGAAGAGGAAGAGGAACAAAAAGUAAAAUUAAAUGUAAAAGGUGAAAUUCAUUGAAUUUUUUUUUUUUUCUCUCUCUCUCUCUCUCUCUCUAAAAUGAUCUACUUUUUUGUAUAGGUCCAUUGGAACAGAGUUUUGGCACUUCUUUAAAUUGAUUUUGAUAAUGUGUUAUUGAUAUAGAAGCAAAUCCCAUGGGAACUUAAUGUCACCUUGUGUUGCUUAACAAGAAAUCAUGUGUUUCCAUAUGCCAAAACCUCACUUUUUCCCCCAAUGGAAAGCAAGAAAGUAAAAGACAGAGUAUUCAUGUUUAAGGAGAAGUAAAUAAAUAAAGCCCCUUUCUCGCUCCCAAUAAGAGUAAUAGAAAUUGAUAAGCUUUCUGCUCCAUGUAUUACAACAUAACAAUCUUCCUUGAAUUUUGUUUAAGUUCUGAAUAUUCAUUAAUGGCUUAUCCUGUGUGUUGUGCACCAAAAGAUUCAUAAUAAAACAAAGUAAAUGACAGAUGUUACUUUUUUAGAUUAAAAGAUGAUGGUAUUUGAUCUGGUUUCAAAGGGGCCUGUAUGUGUGUGUUUGUGUUAGGUUUAUAGCCUUGUUAUAGAUACAUACAGGUCUUACAGAAAAUUGGUAAUUAUACACUCGUGUUCUGUCUCUCACUCAUAUUCACACACUAUAUCACAUUGUCACUUUUACACUCUCAUUUACACACAUCUGUACUUGUACUCCUACACACACUCAUACUCAUACACACUCACAAGUUCAUUAACUCUCACCCCCCCCUCCCCCCCUCCCCCUCACACUCA